GCUUUAGCCAGUUUUCCUGGGUCGGGCAAUACAUGGUUACGUCACAUGAUACAGCAAGUUACUGGAAUAGCUACAGGCAGCAUUUUUAACGAUUCUUCCAUUUACAAUCAUGGCUUCCCGGGAGAAGGCUAUCGUGACGACACAGUAAUCGUGAUCAAAACUCAUAAACUGGGGUUGAAAGAAAGAAAGAAAUAUCAGAAAGCUGUUGUUUUGAUCAGAGAUCCAUUGGAUGCUAUAAGAUCAAAUUUUAACGUUAAAGGCAGGGGGCAUUUAAGUCACGCUCCAUAUUCCGCCUAUAGAAAAAGGUACAGUGAGGGAAAUUUGGACAGGACAGCGACAUUAGCCUGUUAUUCGAUUUCCAACUAUUGGCCAACGUUUACUCGCCAAAGAGCCAUAGCAUGGUAUAUGUUUUACUUGGAUUGGUUGGAAUUCAAAGGGCCAUUGCACGUGAUUCAGUAUGAAAAACUACGAAAUGACACUGCUCAUGAAAUGCAGAAAUUGCUAAGGUUCUUAGCCGUACCGUAUACGCAAUCGAAUAUGUCUUGCAUGUUGAGAAACAGAGAGGGGGAUUUUAAGAGAAAAGCUGUUAAAAAACUUAAACCAUUUCAGAGAUUUUCUUCUAAUAUGACAAAGUUGAUCGAGUCG